UUGUGUCCGAGUUGUCGAUAAGCAUUGCAUUUUCCCGGGGAUUUAAUACUGUGCAAAUCGAAAGUAAAAAAUAAUAAUAUGGGGACACUAAAGCAGGCAUUAGACCAAUUUAAUCAACCUAAUGUACAUUCAGAGGAUAAAUUGACACAAAUAACAACGCUUAUCACACAAAUACUGGACAGAGAAAACGAAGAAGUUCGACAGAAAAUAGAACAGGAAGAUUCACACGUGAAAAAAGUACAGGAAAGAUUGAAGAAUCUGCAAAAUAAUACAAACAACACUGGACCAGGUAACGUCGUUCCAACAGAUGGCAGCACCGGAGAUAAACUCUGGAAAGAGUUUGACCUCAGAAGAGGCGCAGUAGUGGGCGAGUUACAACCAAAACAUGAAAAUACUAAGACGCCAGACACUGCCAUUAUCCCUGAAGAAGAGUCCAACUACCUCAGACACAUCGCUGAUACGGCAUUCAACUUCUGUUGCAAAGAAUAUGACAAGCAACAGAAAGAAUUGGGUAAAGCACUGAGCUAUUGUCCAGAGGCGAACAAUUUACCCAAAGACCAGACCGAAGCAGCAAGAGUUUUUCAGGAGGAAUUGGAUUCUGAUGUUACACAGUACUUAGUUCAGAAGUUUCCCAGAAAGGGAAAGAUUGUGAUUCAAGAAAAUGAGAGAAUAGAACAGUAUUUAAAAGCCUGUGUCGAUGUAUGUUGGUAUGUACAAAUACGACAUAAGGGGGCCGAGUUCAUCUGGGAUAUCCAGAGAAAGCCGACAGAUGAGUUUUUCAGACGUAUAGGGUACUGCAAGAAAAGUGAUUCAUGUAAACGGCGAGUGAGUAGACCAGCCCUUUACCUGGAUAGUCGGGUACUGAAUAAAGGUAUAUAUUCCUGCGUGUCUUGUUCUUCCGGUAGUUAUGAUCCAGGAGAAAAACAGACAACAGCAGAGAGGAGAGGAAGCACACCUCAAGCAUCUUCUGACAGUGGUGUAAUUGUUCAUCAGGGGAAAUCUGUGGAAAAUACGAAAGUAAACAAAACAGACAGUAAAAGAGAUAGUCACUAUAAGAAAGGAUCUCCUAAAGACAGGAAAUCAACUCCAGAACAGAAAAAAAACCCAGCUAACAACGAUCAAGCUAACUACAAGGAAAAGAAGGGAAAAGACAGUGCUGAGAUGGAAAAAAUCAAAAAAAGUAUGGAUUUCUAACCGUAUUAUUUAAAA